AUGGCGGGAAGAAACUUCGAAGAUAUUUCAUCGGCUUGCGAAGUUGCUGCACAAGCACUACAAGCUAUUGGCAAUUUAAGAAAUCCUGAUGUUAGAAAUUUAGCAGAAUCAACUGCUUCAAACAGCAGUGCAAGUAAUUCAAAUAUGUCGACUACUUCUGGUGGAAAUAUCUCGGCAUUUGCAGCCGAGCUCGGACAGAGAUUUCCCACAUUUAAUGCUUGCAUUAAGGGCCAUUCCAUUUAAUGUACACCCCCCCCCCCCUACGGAUGAGCUUUUCUGAAGGGUGACUCAAAAAGUCGUUUCUGAGGGGUUAAGCCUGUCGGCACCCUUUGAUCUCUGACCCGAUUUUUCUGAGGGGUAAGGGGAAAAUUUACAAAUUUCUGAGGGGUGUUUUGUGUCGGCACUUUGAUUUUUUUUUCUUAGGGGUUAAAAUUUUACUGACCUCAUCCGUAGGGGGUGUGUGGAUAUUAAAUGGAAUGGCCCUAAUAAUACACGAGGCAGAGAAAGUCACAAUUCUUCUAGUCGCAGUUCUGUUAAAAAGAACUCCAAAAAGCGGAAGUCCAACAAUAUAAACACUCAAGAUGCAUCGAGUGGAUCUGGGACAAAGAUUGGGCGACCUUCGAAGUCUGUUAUUCACAAAGAUUUAGUUAUUAUACCGAAUCCUGACACCAAACAAGUGCCAAGUCACUCCAACAAAGUCAAGCUGGAAGAAAGAGAGUUGAUCAUUCACGAAUUCCCUUUCAACAAAGGAUGGAGUCCUCUAGAACUCCGAGAAAACAUUGAAAAAUGA